CUCUCUCAUCAUUGUAUAAACAGAGCUUUAAUUUUCGGUUGAGAGUAACUUUUUAUGUAUAAAAAAUAUCCAACAAUCGACUCAUCACGAAUUAUUCAUUCAUACAUACACAGCUGAUAUGUGGAUUUGAUUGAAAUUUUUUUUUUGUUUUUUUUGGUCAAGAAUUUCACCACACAUUGAUUCAGGAGACAUUUGUAAAAAAAAAUCAAGAAACAAUGCCUGAAGCAAUAAUAAAUAAUGAUGAAAUCAAUUCGAUGGCUAAAAAUGUUAUCGAAACAAUUAUAUCGAUGAAUGAACCAUAUAAACAUUCCGAUGUAGCCGGAUGGAAUGAUUCGAUUUGUGAACAAAUUGUACAACGAUUAAUGCAGAUGAAUGGUAACCAAUAUAAAUAUAUUGUAUCCUGUUCAAUUGUACAGAAAAAUGGUGCCGGUAUUUCUGCAACAGCACGUUGUUAUUGGAAUCAAACGAAUGAUCAAUAUUUUAAUAUACGUUGGGAGAAUAAACAUUUAUAUUGUAUUGUUCAUCUAUUUAUUGUUUCAUUGUGAUUUCACCCUCAUUACCGGAAUGAUUUUUUGAUUUUUCACCACUUUCCUUAUCUCUGGUCACAAAUGAUGAUUAUUAUUCAAAAAUCAAAUCAUCCAGAAAACAUCUUGGCAAAACAUUUUUUGUUGUAUAUUUAUUUCUUUCUCUCAUUCAUUCAUUGUUUGCAUUGAUUAAUCGAAUUGGAUUUAAAAUAAAAAAAAAAUUAAAAAGAUUAAUAAAUUAAUAAA